AUGCAGAAAAAGCGGCUAUUUCCAGUAGAGAAGUUGCAGAAGAGGAUGAAUCAGAGGAGACUUUUUCUCCAUCACCCUCUCCGCUUCCGCGUUUCCUAUCGCACCUACCAAGCCACAGCCGACGGUUCUGUGUUGCUCUACUAUGAUUAUGAGGAUGGUAGUGAUGAUUAUGGCGAUUUUGAUGGCGAGGUUGGAGGUAGGGGUGAACGAGUGAAGGCAUUGACUUAG